GGUAAAUAAAAACAAAAUUUAAUUUAAUCGAAUUCUCCGGCUUUUUUGUGACAAAAAUGAAUUGAAUUUACGUGUUUACAUGCAAGUGGUGAAAAAGUAGAUCAGGGAGAUUUGGAUGCAUCAAUAUGUCGUCUACCGAUAGAGCUUUUGAAUUGGUUCGCGAAUUGACCAGGACAACGGAAACCAUACCACCGUUCAACGAUGAUGGUGUGCGGUCUGUACUGGAGGAUAUAAAUCAAAUUUAUCAGGAAAAUUAUUCCUAUGCGAUGUCCUACAAUCAAACCGGAGACCGGAAAUACCUCCCGUUGGUGAUGUACCGCCACAAGCAGAUUCAAAGACAUAAACGCUGCGUUAUGGUUUACUUGCACAAUCGCCUUCAAAAGUUGAAGAAAGUACGAUGGCAUCUGGGUGCCACAUUGCCCGCCGAUAUCAAAGCCAAUCUAAACGAGCCGGAGCUGCAGUGGUUCAACAACUACUCGCGGAUGUUGGCCAACUACAUGAUGACGAUUGGAGAUGGUACUGGAUUGAAUCUGACCAACGAUAUCAAACCACCGAAGUCGCUGUUCAUUGAGGUGCGCUGUCUGACCGAUUACGGUAAGUUUGAACUGGAAAACGGUGAAAUUGUGCUGUUGAAGAAGAAUAGCCAGCACUAUUUGCCAAAACUGCAGUGUGAGGCGCUCAUUCGUCAGGGCAUUCUACAGCACAUUGUCUGAAUUGGAUAGUUCGAACUACAAGCUGAAUAAAUACAUUUUUAAUAAAUUAUCAUAUUCCCUAAUGGCGAUUUGCAUUGGAAAUGUGUACAGGCAACUGC